GGAAAUGUAGUUCUUCAAGGCUAUCCCAGCCUACCCACAAAUCUCUCUUCUUGCACUCUUCCUUUUUCUUCCGAGCCAGCAAUCAUGGCGGAUCAUCAGACUGAGCGUGCUUUUCAAAAGCAGCCAACUGUAUUCCUAAACAAGAAAGCCAUUCUUCAAGGAAAGUCCAAGAAAAAUCUUCGCUAUGUGCGAAAUGUUGGUUUGGGAUUCAAGACUCCUCGUGAGGCAAUCGAUGGACAAUACAUUGACAAGAAAUGCCCAUUCACAGGAAAUGUGAGCAUCCGUGGACGUAUCUUGACAGGCCGUGUGCUGAAAAUGAAAAUGAUGCGCACAAUUGUCAUCCGUAGGGAGUACCUUCAUUACGUGAAGAAGUACUGCAGAUUUGAGAAGAAACACAAGAACCUCAGUGUCCACCUGUCCCCUUGUUUCAGGGAUGUAGCAAUUGGUGACAUUGUGACUGUUGGAGAAUGCAGGCCCCUGUCUAAGACUGUGAAGUACAAUGUCCUCAAGGUGACAAAGUCAUCUGGAAACAGAAAAGGUUUCAACAAGAUGUAAGGGGUUGCCAAUAAAAUGUUCUUAAAAAUGA